ACCUCCAAACCAUAGUUUUCUAACAAAGGAAAGCUCAAGUUUGCUUAUCUCACCCAGAAAAACUUCCUUAGGGAAACUUCAUUUCAAACCUCCCUGAGUUCAAAGUUCAGAAAGAUUUGAACUUUGAAGUGAAUACAAUAAAGGGUACUUGCAGCUUUGAAUUAUGAAGAGGUUCAGUAGAUCAGACUCUUUGGGUACCUUGAUCCCUAAUUACCCACCAAAAGAGGAGAAGCAUAAUACAAGGAACAAUGGUGGUUAUAGCAAGGAGUUUCAGGCAAUGUUGGAUUCUUAUGACCAAGAAGAUUGCGGUGAAGAAAUAUCAGUGAAGAAAAGGCGCUUAAGCUUACAUCAAGUCAAGGCCUUGGAGAUAAGCUUUGAAGUUGAAAACAAGCUAGAGCCAGAGAGAAAGGUGAAACUAGCUGAGGAAUUAGGCCUGGAACCAAGACAAGUAGCUAUUUGGUUCCAAAACCGCAGAGCUCGUUGGAAGACAAAGCAGUUGGAAAGAGAUUACAGUGUGCUGAAAGCUGAUUAUGAUGCCUUGAAAGACAAUUAUGAUAGCCUUGAGAGGCAGAACAAAGUUCUAGCUGAAAAGCUGAAAGAGCUAAAAGCAAAGCUGUGUAGAGAUAAUGCAGAAAGCGAUCAGUCUGUUAAAGAAGAAUCACCAAUUUCAGUGUACAAGAGCAGUGUAAUGGAGCAAAGUAGAGACCAGGAUUUGAGUGACAAUGGUGAUAACGCAGGGCUGGAUUCGUACAAGGAUUUGAAAUCCAAAGAUGGGUCAUCAGAUAGUGAAUCAAAUGGAGCUGUGAAGGAAGAGAGCAAUGGCAAUGAGUCUUCUAUGGGGUACAACGGUCAUUCAUUGUCUUCGAAUUCCAUGAUGAACUGGUUUCAGCUAUCAGAUUCUAGGUCAGGUAUUAAAGGGAAUCAUCAAACUCAGUUUGUGAGGAUGGAGGAGCAGAGUUUGUUUAGCACAGAAGAGUCCUGCAAUUUCUUUUCAGUUGAUCAAGCUCCUAGUCUUCACUGGUAGAAGUUAAAACUAGUUUGGAUUUUGAGUUUUGAUGGUUUAAUAAGAUUGGUCUUAAUUUUGUGACUUAGAAGUCC